AUGCCCAGUGAUGCAUCGCUGCCGCCCAAUGCCCCCACGACGCUAACGACAACGACCCCAACAACCGCCACUGCGAACGGCACUCUCACCCCACAGCAGCAGCAGCAGCAACCCAGAUCUGAGUCCCAAUUCCAGAUCGAGACCGGCUCUGCGCCUGCGGCGAAUCCUUCCAGUGUCGAGGCCAAAGCAACAUCCGUUCGCAGCGUCGGUGGAGAAGCAGAUGCAUCAUUAGAACUUCUAGACGACGAGCACGAUGGCGCGGAGCUGGAGGUGCCGCCGAAUCUGGUGCCGCUGAGGGAGGUGUGUGCAGAUGUGCAUGCAAGGGUCACGGCGUUUCUGACACUGGAUGUGGGUGCGGAUGAGACGGUAUGGCGGACGCAGGCGCAGGUGCGUGCAAGCGUUGAAGUGAUCCGGAGGGCUUUGGAGGAGUAUGAAUUCGAGCAACUGUCCCUCUCCUACAAUGGUGGCAAGGACUGCCUAGUCCUCCUCCUCCUCUACCUCUCCGUCCUCCACACGCACUUCACCAAGACCGCUUCAGCCAGCCCUCCGCGCGACUUUCCCACCUCCAUUCCCUCCAUCUACGCCACGCCACCAGACCCCUUCCCCACUGUGACGACCUUCGUCCGCUCCUCCAGCAGCCAGUACCACCUCUCCCUAACACACAUCCGCACCAACCCGCCCCCCACAGCAUCCUCACAUCACCACCAUACCCCCCACGCGAGCCUCCCAAUCCGCACCUUCCGCGACGCCUUCGCCCUCUACCUAACCUCCCACCCCAACGUCCGCGCCAUCUUCGUCGGCACGCGCCGCACCGACCCCCACGGCGCGACCCUCACGCCCUUCGCGCCGACAGACGGCAACUGGCCGGCCUUCAUGCGCGUGCACCCCGUCCUGGACUGGAAGCUGAGCGAGAUCUGGUGCUUCCUCCGACACCCGCUGUUGGGCGAGGCGGGCACGACCGGCUCGGAGUACUGCCACAUGUACGAUGAGGGGUACACGAGCUUGGGCGGCACGGGAGAUACGGUGCGGAACCCGAAGUUGAGGAUCUUGGAUGAGCAGGGGAGGACGGUGGGGUAUAGGCCUGCGUGGAUGAUGGUCGAGGACGGGGAGGAGAGGGCGGGGAGAGAGUAA